GUGGUGCUGUGCAUCAUCGCGGUCGCUUUCGUUGGUAUCAUGGGGGCACAUCCACGUGCAGGUGCUCGCGUUCCAGACAUAAACGUGACGGUGCAACAGCUGUACUGGUCGCGCAUUCUGUGGGCCACGCGCACUGAUGGCAUCUUUGGAAGACCGGCCCUCUAUCCUGCUCUGCAAGAACUUCAGGCUUCCUGCAAUGACACACGCAAGCCCGUCAACGACUUGGUCUCGGCCUGGAAUGGAUACCAAACCCUGACGGGCCGCGGCAACGAAGGCGCCGUGCGCUCGAUCCGCGGCAUCAGCCGCCAGAUCUGGCACCGGUACGACCCAGAGCGCGCAGACAGACUCGCAAAUGCGCAAAUCUGCAAAGCGGCUUCCGACGCGCGGAACGCCAUUCCCUUUGUCGCCGAAGCCGCCCAGGCCCUUCACACGUCUGUAUCCUCCGUCUCCUUAUCCCUCGAAGCGGUCGCGAAGGCCACAUACCUGUGGUUCGACAGAGACAACAUUGGAACGCCCGACACGAAGCGGCUCGCGAAAUGGGCCUACCAGGCCAUGACAGCAAGCGGCCUGGCAGACUACCGGCAGACGCUCUUCGACCAGGCGGACGUGAACGGCAAACGGCAGAUGAUGGCGGUGUAUAUGGACGUUGCUACGGCGAGCCUCUCGAUGCACCAGUCUCUACUCGUAGUGUCAGCAUUCCGCGAAAAAGUCGUCUGGAUCGACAACUAUUACUACGGGGUCCAGGUAGCGCGAAAGUGCGGCGAGAUGGACGAGGCGGCGCAGACGGAGCCCGAGGCGAGAGAUGGGGUUGCCGUGUUGCAUGGACGGUUCACGGCCGGGCUGAGCGCGGAGGAGGUGGUGGCGGAUAUGGAUACAUGGGGGGUGCAGAUGACCGAGGUAACGCUGAACGGAUUGCGAUGAAUUGGCAGGCGGGCGAUGGUGGACGGGGAUGGUGUUGUUGAUAGUUUUCGCACUUUCCCACCGACUCCAAGGUCAAAGCAGGGGGAAAACGGCGCAGCAAGGAACAGUCAGAUAUUUCUCAUAUCUUUAAUCGCAUCCGUUGAAAAUUCGAAGAGGAAA